CUUGACAGGCGGCAAUUCCAGCGCCUUCGAAUGAUUAAGCAACUUGGGACGUCUUACUAUGUGUGGCCGGGAGCAUCGCACAAUCGCUUUGAGCAUUGCUUAGGCGUGGCGCACCUUGCUCGCCUGAUGGCCGAACAUCUACAAACUCAUCAACCAGAACUGGAAAUUACGGACAGAGACGUCAAGUGCGUGGAGCUCGCAGGGCUAUGUCACGACCUCGGACAUGGCCCCUGGAGUCAUGUUUGGGACGGACAGUUCAUCCCGAGGGCACUUGAAGGGAGUACAUGGACGCAUGAGGAGGGCUCGGAGAUGAUGUUCGAUGAUAUGGUCUCGAGUAAUCGUAUUGAUAUCUCAGAAGCAGACGCCGAGUUCGUGAAGGCGCUCAUCGCCGGAGAUUCGAAGCGAUGCGGCGGGAAGGAGAAACCCUUCUUGUUUGAGAUUGUCGCAAACAAGCGGAACGGCAUCGACGUCGACAAAUUUGAUUACAUUGCGCGCGACUCGCAUGCCAUCGGCGAGAAAGGUAACAUCUCCCUCACAAGACUGAUUCACUCAGCACGAGUCAUCGACGACCAGAUUUGCUACGACAUCAAAGACGCCAACCAACUGUACGAACUAUGCUACACCCGUUUCAGUCUACACAAGCGGAUAUACAACCAUAAAACCGCCAAGGCCAUCGAGUAUAUGAUCAUCGACGCGCUGCUCGCAGCUGAGCCGCAUAUGAAGAUCGCGGAGCAGGUAUUCGAUCCCGAAAGAUACGUCUACCUGACCGAUGACCUCAUGCCUCGGAUCGAGAUGUCGCGAGACCCGGAACUGAAGGAAUCGCAGGCGAUAUUCGACCGGAUCCGCACACGGGAUUUAUACAAAUGUGUCGACUACAAAGUGUUUGAAUGGGCGUACAAGGACAUCUGCGAGCAGCACAUCACGCCCGAGAAGAUCGUGGAGGCCGCGAAGAAUCUAACCAACUCGCCCAGCACCCCCCGCCCGCACUCCGACGUGGACAUCGCAGACUCUCCCCGCCGGGACGCACCAUUCGAGCUCGACGAGCUCACUCCCGGCCAGGUCAUUGUCGACCUGACGAAGAUGCAUUAUGGGAUGAAAGACAAGAACCCACUGGACAGUAUCAAGUUCUAUUCGAAGAACAAUCCAGGUCGCUGUGAAACGGCUGGUCCGGGAGACGUGUCCCUGCUUAUGCCAAGCGUGUUCGGCGAGGUUCUCCUGCGUGUCUAUACCAAGGAUGAGCGGUUCUUCGGUAUUGUCCAAGCGGGAUACCGGGCCGUCCUUGCUGAAAUGCCAGAACUGGAUCCAGCUGGCGAAGCGGCCCCUCGCACCCAAGCCGCAGCGGGCACGAACGCAGGAAUCACCACAUGGAGCGGUGACCGCGAUCUCUCGGUCAGCUUCCGCGAAGGUACGCCUCCGCCAUCGGACGCUACUCUCCCCGUCACGCCGGGUUUCCAAACGCCGCCGCGUGCGUCGAGCACCUCGACCUUGACAUCUGUGAGGUCGUUCGGCAGGUCACAGAGUGGUCCAGUUGGGAUGGGCUUGAGCGCCGGGAGGACGAUCUCUGUGCGGGACAUCAACCACUUCACGACGGUCCCGAAGAACUAUGUGCCCAAGUCGCCUACACAUGGGCACAAGAGGAAGAGGUCGAGGGCGGAUACUAGUGUGGAUGCAGGUGCCGAGACCGAAGCGACUCCAGCGAAGAAACGAUGAGCGACAUCGCGCGGACUCGCGAACCGCUAUUGCGGAUCUAUUUAUUUCAUGUUGUUCCUCGUCGUGCUCGCCAAUUGCUGUCCUGCAUGCUCAGUGCUUAUGGUAGUCUUUCAUAUCUUUAAUCGGGGUGGCACCUAUAGACAAUUGCAUCCAUAGACAGUUUCUCUCCAGGUACCUAUGCGGAAUCAGAACACUAGGAUUGUUACGCUG